AUGUCCACCUCGCGCAAGCGCCCUCGCGCCGAGGUCGAGGAGAACAAGGCAGAGUGCCCCUUCACCGUCACCUACGCCGAGCCCGACAGCAAGUCGCACAAAAAGUCAAAGAAGAGAAGGAAGCCGGACCAGGAAGAAGAGGAUGGGAAGAAGAGCUCCAAGCAACUCUCUCCCUUCUCGCCUUCCGGCGAUUUCAACGGCAAGAGCGCCAAUGAUGUUUUGGACUUGGAAUACAACGUACAUCCGCAGAAGAAGUGGCUGGAGAUGACGCGCUACAACAGUUUCGUUCUAAACGGAACUAAGUACUUCAGUGAGGGCUUUAUCUACGUCGCAAACGACCAGACCGUUCAACGACAGAAAGCUGCCGCGGAAGGCACCGCGGAUUCAAACGAGCCUGAGAAGGUACUGAAGCGAUCCAAGUCCGAUGACGACUGGGUAGCUCGCAUUCUGGAGAUCCGCGCUAGCGACGAGCAUCACGUCUAUGCGCGCAUCUAUUGGAUGUAUUGGCCCGAGGAGCUACCUGAAGGCACGAUGGAAGGAAAGAGAUACACUGGAGGUCGCCAGCCAUACCACGGCCAUAACGAACUGAUCGCCUCCAACCAUAUGGACAUCAUCAACGUUGUUAGUGUGACAUUGCCUGCUAACGUCAAGCAAUGGAUCGAGGAGAACGAUGAAGAGAUCCAGGAAGCGCUCUAUUGGCGCCAGGCCUAUGACUGCCGGACCCAUCAGCUCUCGUCAGUCGAACGCCUCUGCAGAUGCCGACAGCCCGCCAACCCGGACAAAACCCUGAUCGGAUGCUCCAAUAAGGAAUGCGGGAGAUGGGUCCAUGAGCAUUGCCUUAGGGAAUCCGCCCUGAGGCGAGCUUACGAGCGGCUCGGCAAAGACAAGCCCCACUUCACCGCGAAGCCUCCGGUAGACGGAACGUCCUCGGCCGCAGAGAGUGAUAAUAUCAAGCAGGAAAGGAAGUUGGAUGACGGCGUAAACGGACCCCUCAGCCCCACCGAAAGCGGCACUGAUGUCAAGCAAACGAUCGACGCGAAACCCACCGAUGCGCAUGAGGAAACAAACGGACAAUCCGCCGCAGAGGGCACUCCUGCUGUGCCUGACGAGCGUGUUUCUCAGCCGCCAACGACCCCCGCCACACCAUCCGCCCUGGAAGUACCGGCAGCGUCUCGCAAGAUCAGAUCUAGCAAGAAGAAAGCUUCGGCAAACGAAGCGAAGCCGUGGGAAGGCCUGUUCGAGGCGAGAAUCUUGAUGGACAUGACCCCAGCCAAGGUUGAGAUCAAGGAUCUCCGAGAGAACGUCACGGAAGGCGACAAAUUGUGGACAGAGCCGCUGCUUUGCGUCGUUUGCGAGGUGGAAAUUAGCUGA